CAUUACGCAGUAUAAAAAGCAUGCUACUCCAUACAACUUGAUGCACACAACAGAGACUUAGCAACAAUAUCCCAUCACUCUUUUCCACUCCUUUUUUCCUGUAAUUAAAAAAAUGGUGAAGCUUGCAAUUGGCAGCGUUGGUGACUCUCUGAGUGCAGUGUCACUCAAGUCUUAUUUGGCUGAGUUCAUUGCCACUCUGCUCUUUGUUUUUGCUGGAGUUGGAUCCGCCAUUGCUUACGGGCACCUAACGGCGGAUGCAGCAUUGGACCCGGCUGGUUUGGUAGCCAUAGCCAUAGCUCAUGCAUUUGCUCUAUUUGUGGGAGUGUCCAUGGCAGCCAACAUCUCAGGUGGCCAUUUGAACCCAGCUGUCACCCUCGGAUUGGCCAUCGGAGGCAACAUCACCAUCAUUACUGGACUCUUCUACUGGAUUGCUCAGUGUCUUGGCUCCACUGUUGCUUGCUUCCUCCUUAAAUUUGUUACUGCUGGCAAGGCCAUCCCAACCCACGGAGUCGGAGCCGGCUUGGGUGCAGCCGAAGGCGUAGUGUUCGAGAUCGUUAUCACCUUUGCCCUUGUCUACACCGUUUACGCCACAGCCGCGGAUCCCAAAAAGGGCUCACUAGGCACCAUUGCACCCAUUGCCAUUGGUUUCAUCGUUGGUGCCAACAUUUUGGCUGCUGGCCCAUUCAGCGGUGGCUCAAUGAACCCGGCCCGAUCAUUCGGCCCUGCUGUGGCCAGUUUUGAUUUCUCUGGACACUGGAUCUACUGGGUUGGCCCACUCAUUGGUGGAGGCUUAGCUGGGCUUGUCUACGGAGAUGUCUUCAUUGGAUCGUAUGCUCCCAUUGCUGAAGAUUAUGCUUAAUUAUUGCAUUUUCUUUUGUGUCUUGUCUUUGUUGUUGGUUAAAAAGUUGUGGUUAUGUUCUGUUCUCUUUUAUGAUGCUUUGAGAGGUUGCUAUCGAGUUUGUUCUCUUGUUCCUUUUGUGAACAAGAAAGAAGUGUUGAUAAAUUAUUUAUUCAGACA